AUGCUCUUUUCCUCGUCCAUCCCGCCAAAACUCAGACACAAAUCUAUCACAGUCCACGCCCUCUUCUUCUCUUCUUCGGCACAACAUUUCGAAUCCUUAACCAAAGCAAAGCUCAUCCACCAGCAACAAGUAAUCCAAGGAGCUCCCCUCUUCUCAGAUUCAAAGAACACCUCACAAAUACUCUCCAAUUACCUCUCUUGCGAUGCACAUCCCGAAGUUCUCGCCCUCCUCCGCCACCUCCCACCCUCGCGUUCCGUGGUAUUCUACUGGAACAACCUCAUUAAAAGCAGCGUUUCAAUACGAAAUCUUGAGAAUGCCCUCCAUCUUUUUAAUGAAAUGCGGAGGCUCAACUGGGUUCCCGAUGAAUAUACUUAUCCUUACGUUUUCAAAGCCUGUGGGGAGCUUUCGUCUCUCGUCCAGGGUGCAUCAGUCCACGCUCUUGCUGUUGUUACUGGGUACUCGCAGAUUGGAAAUUUCGAUGAUGCUUUGGGACUGUUCAAGAGAAUGAGGGAGGAGGAGAUUGAAUUAAAUGUGGUCACAUGGAGUGCUGUAAUCUCAGGGUACUCUCAGAGGGGGCUUGGCUAUGAGGCACUCGAUGUGGUUAGGGAGAUGAUAGUUUCAGAAUCGGAACCAAAUGCUGUUACACUCGUCUCAGUUUUAUCAGGUUGUGCGGCAGUUGGGGCAUUAGAUCAGGGGAAAGAAACCCAUUGUUACGUUAUUAAAGAAUUUUUGAAUAUAGUAGGAAAUGAUCCUGGGGAUGAGAUGAUGGAGACGAGGCUUGACAGUCAAAGGCAGGGGACUGAAAAAGGAGAAAGGUGCAGCCUCUCUUGGAAUGCACUAGUCAUUGGCAGUUUGAAACUUCAUACAGACGCUGGUAUUUGA